AUGACUGAAAAAUCAAGACGCCCCCUCAGACUGCCCGGCUAUGACAUCGCCCUGAUGCAUGUGAACAUCUGGACUACUCUAGCAGUGUGUGUCCAGAGACUGGCUGCCAUCAAGUGGCCCUUCGAAUACUCCCAAAUGUUCUCCAGACAGAGGUGUCUAAUCAUUCGGUGACCUUCAAUUCCUGCUGACUAAUGUGACAGUGUACAUUGUGGAUUUUCUGGUGCCUGCAGUUCUAGUCACCAAAUACUACUGGGAGUUCUCAGUCGAGGUCAGACGAAGGUCAGGGGGCGUGACCUCUGCAACCAACGCUCCUGCAGCAUCUAACACACCCCAAAACAACAAUAACAACAAUAACAAUAACAACAGCAACUCCAUGCAACAUGGCAACGGGAUACCAAGAUGCAAUGCCAUUUCCCAAGUACCCCCAUUGCGCGCAUCCCAGGAGAACAGAACUCACUCCAAUCACCCGCGGGGGACUUGCUUAAAUGGUGUCGUAAACAACUGCACGACUGGAGAUGUCGAAGAAACCCCUCCAAGUGAACAUAUUGAACUAGCCAAGUCAGCGCAAUCAUCAUGUGAUGUGACUGUGAUGACUGCCAGCACCAGUAGACCUAAAGUAGCUCAUUGUCUGAGCAACACUGGCAAUCAGAACAGUAAAAAUGACAUCAACAGCAACAACAUUAAUAACAGCAGCAUCAGUGGCCACAAUAGCAAUGCUGCAGUCAGUCCCAACACCGCUAAUAGCAACACUAAUCCGGGAGCAAUUUUGGCUCACAGAUUCCUUCAACUGUAUGCCAGUGUGGUGAGUGUUAGUUGCUGGGUUUGCUUCACCCCGUUUUACAACAUGAAGUUCAUCCAGAGUGUGGAUGCAGUGACUGGGCUGCACGUCUACCACUGGAUCAAACCAACUGGAGUGGGCACUUACAUCGACAGGACCUCGAUCGCCCUGUGUCACUUGAACUCCCUGGUGAAUCCGAUGCUAUUCAUUGGACUGAAGCUGUAUAUGAAGCACAGCAGAGAACAGAGAGCUCAUCAGAACAAUGCGGCCAAUGCGAUGGUGUUAAACCAGCGGAAAAUCAGUGCGGUUAAUCGAACCAAGAAACAAUCGAGUGCAAGAUCGAAUGCGGCGGAACGAGGGGGCAACGGGGACCAAACCCCCCAACAAGAGGAGCACGAGGCAGUUGGGCUCCAUCCAUAUAUGGAAGAAAUGAGCACCAGUAUGCACAUGCAGAGUGAACAGACUGAGGCGUGAACAUAACGGGAGGCUAUUUUCAUGACAGAAAGUCUAACUGGCCGAAAAGUUGUAUAAAUCUUGACAGAUUUCGCGAAUUUUUUUCCAUCUUUGAUUUUGAUGAAUAUGAUGACUGUUCGAUAGGCUAAUCUAUGUGCUGUCGAUUGGCUUUUUUAUCAUUCGGUUUCUGAAUCGCGCGGAACUCCCUCGGAAUCGAUCACCAAGCUCUGUUCCAUUUCACCUCUGCUGAAAUUAAUUUUGAAUGCUCAUUGUUUGUUUCUGCUUUCUUGCAUGCCACAUUAGAUAAUUUUCCUUUAAUGUCAGCUUAGGCAUUUUUGCACAACUUCAGAAUGUUUUUCAGAUUUUUGAAAAUUAAAAGCGCAUUCAAGUUGAUCGAGAACAAUUGAUUACUUGGUAAAAUGGCUGUCAUUUUUUAAAAAAGUGUGAAUGAAUUUUACAAUCAGACUUGAAAAAUUCUGACGCUGCUUUGUGAAACUCCUCAUAUCUUGUGCUGGUUUAUGUUCAUCAACCUUCAAAAUUUGAACUGUAUGCUACGAUAGUUUUAGUUUAUAAUUUUGUGUAAUUUUGUUCUUCAGUUGGUUAGGAUAUUAUUGACUACCUCUCUCCCAUUGCAAAAGGAGGAUUUGAUACAAGGGGCCAAAUAAGUGUAUCCUUACUAGGUACCAUAAGGGAGGAUUGAUAAAAUUUUGAAAAUCCGCACCCACCAUCGAGAAAAUCCCAGAUCCGCUCCAGAAGGGAGAUAUUGACCUAAAAACUGACUCAGUAUUGAAUCAAAAUUAACGCAGUAUUGACUUAAAAUUUACUCAGUGAUGCUGCAUACCAGUAAAAAAAACAUCACAAUAAUUAUGAAAAUAUUUUAUCAGUAAAUAUAUCAUUGUUGUUCUACCCUUAUUUUUUAUUGUUGUAAUUAAUAUUUUUUUGAUUUGCAUCAAG